GAAGACAAUAGAAAAAAGAAGAAACUUUCGGAAAUUUUCUAUUUUUUUCGAUAAAAUAUAGGAAAAAUAAGAAUUUUUAGGAAAAUAUACGACAAAAAUAGGACGUUUUUGAAAAUAUAGGAAUUAUAGGAAAUAUAGGUCGAAUCGCAGUCCAGCCCAUAUCUCAAAAUAAUUUAGCUGGGAAGCGGCCCAUCACUCAAAAAAUCCUAGCUACGCCACUGAUCGUUAAAUAUAAUAUAUGUUUGUCUGUUCAUAGAAAAUAUAGACUCGCAUGUAUAUAAUAUCUCAAAAAUGCAAAGCAAAAGAUAAAUGCCUAUAGAACUAUUUUGAUGGAAAAAAUCUCAUUUUAAACAUAACAAGACGCUAUGAUAUAAUUACAAAAAAAAGAGCAUUAGAGAGAACGAUAUGCUAUAUUCUUUCUAUAGAAUAAUCUUCCAGUAUAGAAAAAACUUAUGCUGAGGAAUUUCUAGAAAAAAAAGAAUGAUCUAUUCAAAGAAUUUUACUCGAUACUUUCGAGAUUAUUUCAUAUACUAGCUAUACUCGAGAGAGAAAGAGAGAGAUCUCUUUUUAUUCUUAUGUUUUCUCUUCUAGUUAAUAUUCCUGAUAAUGCCAAAUGGGCACAGAACGGAGUGACUAUUGCUGGGGGUCACGGGGAAGGGAAUGCCACUAAUCAACUCAGCGGCCCUUGUGGUCUCUUCGUUGAUGAUGAUCAAACAGUGGUCAUUGCUGACCGCUGGAAUCAUCGUAUCAUGCAAUGGAAGAACGGUGAUACAACGAAUGGACAAGCUGUUGCUGGUGACAACGGCGCAGGAAAGGGAUUACAUCAGUUGGCUUUUCCAACUGAUGUAUUAAUUGACAACGAGACGGAUAGUCUCAUUAUUUGUGAUCGAGGGAAUCGACGAGUUGUACGAUGGUCUCGUCGUAGUGGCACAACACAAGGUGAAUUACUCAUCGACAACAUCACCUGUUCGGGAUUAGCAAUGGAUGAGCAGAGAUAUCUCUACGUUUCUGACGAAGGAAAACAUGACGUAAGACGAUAUCAAUUGGAUGAGAAGAAUUACACUCUCGUAGCUGGUGGUAAUGGCCAAGGUGAUGGUCUCAAUCAACUCAACUACCCGACAUAUCUCUUUGUCGAUCGACAACAGAAUGUAUACGUAUCAGACCACUUGAAUUAUCGUGUAAUGAAAUGGAACAAAGGUGCAAAAGAAGGUAUUGUGGUCGCUGGAGGACAAGGGAAAGGAAAUGCUCUGACACAAUUGUCUGAUCAUCAAGGAAUCUUCGUUGAUACGUUUGGAACACUCUAUGUAGUAGACACGUGGAAUCAUCGUGUAAUGCGCUGGACUCAAGGAGACAAGAAACAAGGUACUGUAAUUGUGGGUGGAAAUGGUCAAGGAGGAGGAGCAAAUCAGUUCCAGUACCCCAUUGGUUUGUCUUUCGAUCGACAUGGUAAUCUCUAUGUCGCCGAUGAGCUUAAUAGUCGUGUUCAACGAUUUUCUAUCGAAUAA